AUGGCUGCAGAGGCGCUACGACCAAAAUGCACCCUUGGUGGACGCACGCUUCUGGCCCUGGAAAUCAGAAAACACUCGUCGCCCAACGACCUCUGGAUGACCAUCCAUGGCAAGGUGUACGAUGUCACCAACUUCGCUACUGAGCACCCUGGCGGUGUGGAGGUGCUUCUAGACUGUGGAGGCGUUGAUGCCUCGGAGGCUUUUGAUGACGUGGCCCAUUCAGAUUUAGCUCACGAGAUGCUCGAGCCGUAUUUCAUUGGAUACGCUGAACUGAGCAAGGAAAGCCGGCCUGUGGUGACAGGAGACCCGGAGAAAGCCGGCACCAGGAAGGUGCUGAAGCGGCAGGAGAUGAUGAAGGAGUUGCGGAGGCAACGCACGGCUGUGUUGGUGCUUACGGGCGUGGCGUUUUUGUGUGUGCUUGUGGUGAUGGUGCUCCAGAAGAUCCAGUGGCUCAGUCUUGUGAGGGCUGGAACGUAG